AUAACGCUUCACGGCGGCUUCCUCUUCAAUUCGGAUUCUAGGGUUUCCUUUCAUUCAUCCUUCAUCUCAUCCCCAAUCUCCCAGAACUGAAUAUAUGCAACCUCCAAACCAGUUCCGACCCGCACGAGGAUUCAUAUAGCCCCGUCAUCUCUUCUCCGUAUUCGAUUCCAAGAUACGUAUCCUGAUUGAAGUGUUUUGGUGUUGAGAAUUUUAAUUAUAAUGAUUAUCUCUUUUCUCCUCCGCUUCACUUCAUCGUCGCCGGUGACGUCUACAAAUCUCCGCGCUUUCGGCCCCGGUCUUAAUCCUUUUGCUCCGUACAACCUCGCCAAUCAUUCUUGCUCUCGCUAAGCGCUCUUCCCCCCUCCCCUAACAUCUCUCUUCUUUGUUUGCUCCUUUGUUUUCUUUCGUCCGAUAAUGUAAUUGGAGGGAAAUAUUUUUUUCGUUUGCAAUUUUUUUUCGCUUCUGGGUCUUAUAGACAGAACUGUGAACUGUCUGCCUGUUUCUUGAAUCUUGAAAGAUAAGAUCUAAUUUCGUUUGAAAUUCGCGAAUUUGGGAUUUGGUUUGCGUCUGCUGGGUUUCAAUUGAAACCCAGGAAUAUACUGUGGAUUGGUUUCAGAUUUCGUGGUUUAUGUAAAAAAAUUGGAGAAGAAACAAAUCAAUUUCAUCGGUCGAGAAUAAUCUAGUUUUGUUCUUGAAGAGUCGUGAUUUUAGGGUUAAGAUCAUGCCUGAAGAUCAGUUGGGUUUAUACAAGCGGUCUAAAAGGUUGCAUAUGACCGCUGGAGAUAGAGAUGAUCGUGGCUGGACUCCUCUACACAUUGUUGCUCGGAAAGGUGACCUGAGAGAGGUUAGGCGACUUCUUAAUGAAGGCAUUGAUCCAAAUGUGGCUGCAUGGGGCCCAAAAGCUCAGGGUGUCACACCCCUUCAUCUUGCUGCUAAGGGUGGCCACCGCAAAAUUAUGGAUGAAUUGCUUGAGCACGGUGCUGACAUUGAUGCACGAACCAAGGGAGCUUGUGGUGGAUGGACUCCUCUACAUCAUGCAGCUAAAGAAAGAAAGAAGAAAGCAAUCAAGUAUCUGAUUAAAAACGGUGCUUUUCUGCCAGAUGACAUCAAUGACACCAGGUUCAAUCCACCCGUGCACUACUGUCCUGGUCUUGAGUGGGCUUAUGAUGAGAUGAAGCGUCUUAAAGGGGACAGUUCAUCAUCUGGUGAGGGCUCCUAUAGCUCUGGGAAUUGAGAUAAGCGAAUGUGUUGGAAGUCCAGUCCUAUUUGGGAUUCGGUUUAUUCAAUAUUAUGCACUGCGCCAAUAUUUCCAGUUGCCGUCAUCCAGAUCUAUAUGUUGCAUUUGUUAAUGCCUAGCGUUACAUGUUGGAUGUUGCUAUUUCAAUGGUUUUCUUUAUGCUGUCCAUUUGCUUUGGAGGGUUGUUGUUCUAAACUCAGAUGUCUUAGUAUCUGGUGUAUUGUAUUUUUAUCUUUAUUUUGAUGGUGACUGAUAUCAACAUCUACAAGACUACAUUGUGGAUCUUUGAACAAUAAAGUGUUGUUUGGUGAUGAAUAUUUGUUGAA